AAAAGUGCACCUCAGUUGUACCUUAUUUUCUGACAGUGUGGGGAUCAUUGGACCACGGUAAGCAAUACAAAUUACCUCGGUGUGACUGCACACAUUAUUGACGUCACUGACGGGGAAUGGCAUCCUAAGUCUUUCGCCCUAACUGUGCAGAAGACGACCACCAGGCACUAUGCUGAAAACUGCGCAGAGCAGUUUCUCUCUGUGGCAGAGGCCUGGAGAGUUCAACAAAAGGUCAUCACAAUUGGAACAGACAGCGUAUGAACCAUGAUCGCUGCAGCUAGACAGCUUUGUGCAAAUGCCGUGUGUUGCUCACAUUUUGCAAAGAACCAUCACUGUUUGCCUUGGUGACAGCGGGUUUAAUGAUACUGUAACAGCCCUUGGCUUGGUUGAACAAACUCGCAGAGUCCCAAACUGAUGCUUCACGGUUUGUUUAUUUGUGCUUAUGGGUCACCGUCUCGUUACACCAUGAAAAGCACCGUGAAAACUAUAGGAAAAUAUACAAAAUACAAAAUUAGAAUGUACCUUGAUCCACAGUUUACAGUCAUAUCAAAAUACAAUACACAAGUAAUAAAUUGAAUUAAACAAGUAUUAAAAGGUAGUCACUAAAUUAGACUGACAAUAGCCUUUCCCUACAGAGUCAAUGUCCAGUUAACAAAGGUAUACCGAGUGUAAACAUUAUAUAAAUCUCAUACCACACACAGUGAAUAAACAGGCAAUCCUAAACAUUGAAAUACAUAAAUACGUUACCCCUCCUUCAGUCAAACUCCAAAUGACAUUUCCCUUGAAUAAACAAACAUUUAAAUUCACACAAAAAACAAAACCACUGCUACUCUAAUAAUAAUAAUGAUCUACCAAAAUAGCGCUGCACGCUAAUAACGCAAACAAACGAAACAAACGAAACAAAGAACUAAACAAAACAAACAAAACGUUUCAAACAAUGUGAGUGGACAACUCAAACCCGUGGUACCUGCAGUAAAGGCAAUUAAGACCGCUUAACGUACCUCGUUCCGCUCACCAAGGGUGUUACCCAAGAUUUCAGGCAGUUUCUCGUCGUCUCGACCGUGGAUUAAUCUCCUUGCCGUGUGAAUAGCGUUAAUGUCGCUCCACUCUUCUGUGUGUGUGUCUCCACCGAGCACGCCAGGCUAAUGAAACUACAUCAGAUACGUUGGCAAAAUGUCGCAAAAUAGUAGGUCAUUUUAAACAUAGCCCUGUUAAUACAGAGGAACUACACCAGGAGCAAACAGCACUUGGGCAAAAAAGAGAGCCCCUUAUACAGGACGUUCCACAAGGUGGAAUUCAACGCUGUAUAUGAUCUCUUGUCUCCUGAAGAACCAAGAGGCUGUGAAGGCUACUCUUUGCAAGCAGAACUACAACGGAGUGGGACAAACUACAGAGGCUUGCGACCAUCCUCAAACCAUGCAGGGCUGUGUUCCAGCAGGUGAGAGCCACCACCGAGGACAGAGGGGUCGAAAUCCCAGAGGACCUUCAGAGAAUACUUCCUGGACAGUGGGUGUACGUCAAGAUGUUCAAAAGAAAGUGGGACCAGCCACGAAGGGAAGGCCCAUACAAGGUCGUAAGGACGUUUGGUUCCAUCUUAAUCACUGCUGCAGAGCUAACAACCCAGAGAGACCUAUACCCUGGCCUAGAGCCAGACAGAGAGCAGCUCCCCUAGAACCACAAGGGGAAGGCGAGGCCGCCCCAAGGGAAGCAGAGGGUCGUCCAGAAGGGGAAGGCGAUGCCUCCCCGCAGGAACAGGGGACCAGGAGGUCAGCACGCUUGGCGAGCAGACAGGACCGGGGCAGAGUUCGGAGUGACAGCAAUGGGUCACUGCCAGAGAGGGUGUCAUCAGAGAAUACCUCAGAGGGAGGCUCCCUGUCCACAGUGGCUGGCGAUGAACCUCAUGAGUUGUCAUCUGAUGGCCGCGGGGACGGUGAUGAGGGCCCAAGCACAGAAAGAACAGAGAGAGCAGAGGGAGCGGAGGCAGAAGGAGAAGAAGGAGAAUAAAGCAGCAGCCCAGAAGGCAGCA